CAUCACAACAUACCGCCACGUACUUGCCUGGCUUGUACAGGUCUGUGUGAUGCUGCGCAGAUAAACUUCCCUCCAACCCGCCCUCAGAUAUAAAUACAAACCGAAAGGAUAGUUGUCAUAUUUUGACAACGCUGCAGCGUUUCCCAACACUUCAGGGCUUGAAGAGGUCUAUGUCUCCGUGGAUUAUCGAUACCAGCAGAUCACCAGAGCGCAGCGUGACAAACCUUGGACCUGAAGGAGUUAAGCACAGUCAACAUGAGCAGAUGUCUGAUUAGCAAGUUGGAGGUGGAAAAGUUCAUUGUGAACAGUAUGACAGCCGUGGGCACUAAGCCGCAUCAUGCCCGCAGCCUGGCCGAGGUGCUGGUGGAGGGAGACCACAGAGGACACUACAGCCAUGGACUCAACCGGAUGGACAUGUAUGUAAAGGACAUCCAAACAGGGAUCUGUGCCAAGGACGGUGAGCCUGUGGUGGAAAAGGAGAGUGCAGCCACAGCGCUGGUGGAUGGGAAAAACCUCCUGGGUCCUGUGGUGGGAAACUUCUGCAUGAAACUGGCCAUUAAGAAGGCAAAAGAAGCUGGGAUUGGCUGGGUGGUGGCACAUGGUUCCAAUCACUACGGUAUUGCAGGAUACUACUCAAUGCAAGCGCUAAAGGAAAACAUGAUUGGCAUGUCAUUUACCAACACAUCCCCACUGGUGGUUCCCACACGUGGUAAAGAGUGCACUUUGGGCACCAACCCCAUCAGCGUGGCAGCUCCUGCUAAAGACGGAGACAGCUUUGUUUUGGAUAUGGCCACAUCAGCAGUAGCACUUGGAAAGGUGGAGCUCUAUGAACGGAGUGGAGACCCCAUCCCUGAGGGCUGGGGCUGUGAUGCCCAGGGCAAGCUGACCACCGACCCUAAGAGAGUUUUGAGUGGAGGAGGACUGGUGCCCAUCGGCGGCAGUGAAGCCACAGGAGGGUACAAAGGCUACGGUCUGGGAAUGAUGGUGGAGGUGUUCUGUGGAAUCUUGGCCGGUGCCCAGUACAGCAAUCAUGUCCGCACGUGGAAAGUAACGGACCGGGUUGCCAACCUGGGUCAGUGUUUCGUUGCAAUCAACCCAGAGAACUUUGCCCCCGGGUUUGCCGACAGGAUGUCAGACCUGCUGUCCAUCCACAGAGGGAUGGACCCUGCUGACCCAAACACCCCUGUUUUGGCUGCUGGAGAUCCAGAGAGGAUGAACAUAAAGAAGUGUGAGGAGAUGGGUGGGAUCCCCUACCACAUCAAUGUUGUCAACUAUAUGAACGAAUGUGCCAAGAGAGUUGGAGUCAGCCCACUGCUGCCAUGCAACAAUCUCGUCAACUAGUUAGUGAAGUCAAGAUUCUCUGCAUUGGAAAUCUGGAACUUCUGCUUAUCUUGAAAUUGAUAUUGAGCUACUUAGAUUUGCAACAUUGUUUAAGGACAUGAUACAUCCUAUUUUAUUCAUUUUAACCACACUUGUCAGGUGUAAUCAGGUUUCUUGAUGAUCAUUCCAACAGAUGACAGAUUAUGACCUCUUCAGUUAAACAAGGCAGAUUUUUUUCACACAGACACGUGUACCAGGAAUACAUGCAUGGAGACAGGACAACGCACACAAAGCAUCUCAACAGAUGUGACAUUGCUUCUAUGUAUCUCACUGCAUUAAACAUUAUGAGUUGCGUAGGUCUUCAUCAUGAAACCUGAUGAAAACAGUGUUGUUUACAACGCCAUCAUAGCUCUGCUUAGAGGUCAACCUGAAGAAUAUUUUUGCCUUAUCUCUCAUGCACAUACAGUCAACCAGAUGUUGGACGGAUUUCCCUUACAUAGACAGUAUCAGUAGUGUAAGAAGUAUUCAGAUCCUUUACUUUAAAAGUAAAAGUACUAAUACCAUACUGUAAAAAUACUCUGUUACAAGUAAAAGUCCUUCAUUGAAAAUAUGACUUAAGUAAAAGUACGUAAGUAUCAUCAGGUAAAUUUACUUAAAGUCUUAAAAGUAAAAGUACUCAAUGCAAAAAAAUCCUCAUAUUGUAAAGUAACUAGUAACUAAAACGGUCAGAUUAAUGUAGUGGAAUAAAAAGUACAAUAUGUCUCUGUAUGUAGUGGAGUAGAAGUAGAAAGUUGCAUGGAAAGUAAAGACUCAAGUAAACAUAUCUACUUUACCUCAAUACCUGUUCUUAAACACAGUACUUGAGUAAACGUACUUAGGUACGUUCCACAACUGGACAGUAUACUAUCUAUGUAAGGGACCUCGCCUUGUAUACACGUCAUUAUAGUCAGAAUGACACUCACAUUAGAUAUGCACUUAUGAAAUCCAACCCAUAACCAUGACAUUUGUGGCGAAGAAAGGAAAAUAUAAUUUUUCUAUCCUUAUGUCAAGGACUAUUUGAAACAUGUUAUUUGCGUCUUGUGAUACUUCAUCCAAAUUGUCUUCAAGAUGCUGUAUCUCUGACAGCGGAAUACGCACAUUCUUUUUAUAAAGCUUUUGUAGGUCAUUGAUUUAUUGCUGAAGGCUGGAUGUGAAGGAGUUAACAGUGUUUGAGUGGUUUGUUGUCAUCAACUGAAAAGUUGGGUCAUUCCUUGUUGGUGAGCUACUUUACUUAAAUUGCGCUACAACUUUGUAACUGUACUUUAAUCUACUUAUUGUGUGACGCACAAAAACAGUUUUGGUGUUUUUUACAUACUCAGAAGCAUUUAAAAUGACCAUGAGAUUUUUUUAUUUACUUUAAAAGUUAACUUUACCAUACGUGCCUUAUUCAAUAAAAGCCAUAUAAAACC